CAGGGACAACGCAAUACUUGAAAUCAUUUAUUUAGGACUGCAACCUUUUCACGUGGUAUGAGGUUAAAUGGUGGAAAUUCAAUUAAAGCAUUACUCCUGUUCUUCGAGAGAAUGUAAAUAAAGAUCUUCCCGCACUUGACAUCUGACACCCACUUAACAGUGUGAGAUUUCAUCACUGAGAACUGAGCUUCACCUUCAGACAGAGACACUGAGUAACAUAAUAAGAGGCCGUGUUAAAAAAACACAACAACACAAACAGCUCGUAUGGUUUAGGCUGUGCUUAUACGGCUAUAUUUCCUCAAACUGAGAAGUCUAGCAAACCGUUGCUACAACUAAAAGCGCGUCCAUGGUUUCAUUGAAAGUCGAGGGUGUGAAUGGUGGGCUUUUACUAGCAGUAUAAAUACAAAGAGCGCAGCCGCUGCUGGAUUAAGUGCGCCGGGACGUCCUGAAGCAGGAUUACAGCAGCAGAUCUGCAGCGAUGGCUGACACUUUACGAAGACUGGUCAACUCAUCUCCGUACGGCGUUUUGCAGGACAAACUGGAGGCUUGGUACAAAGACUAUCACGUGUUCUCUUGUGACCAGAACCUGAAUAGGUGCUGUGAGCUAGUGGAGCUUACCUCUAAAAUCCAGGGGCAACUGUUCACCAUUCUCAACCUUACGGCACAAGAAGGAGGACAUUAUUCAGGCGUUGACACGCUGAAAUCUCGCCUUUUACCAUGGCUUGGCUCUUGCUUCACCAUUGCGGCUUCGUCUGUCUCCGCAGAUACCAGCCUUAGCCUCAUUCAGGAAUCAAUGGAGAAAGAUCGGAAGAUUCGUGAGCUAUCAUCAGUUCAUGACAGCGACAUGCAGAAAAUUGAAGACAAGCUGUGUUCUACACGUAUGGAGUUGGACACAGUUAAACAGGAGCUUGCUGAAACCCAGAUCGAACUGGACUCCACAAAGAAUAAAUCUGCAACUACACUCCUGGCCACAGAAGAUGAAAUAUUACAUCUAAAGGCAGAGUUGCGAGUUGCUCAGGAUCAGGUUGAUCUGUAUAAGAGAAAGCUGGAUGUACUUGAUGACUAUGAGAGGCAGGUCAGAAUCCUACGAGACGAGAUCUCGUUUCUCACCGCUGAAAAAACUGUUCUACAGGAGAGACUGGUCAGAAGCCGUUCCCCUAGUCCUCUUCCCCGUCGGAGUCGCUCCAUGAGCCCGGUGAGGGGUGAGUCUCCUACACGUGCACAGCUUACCAGUUCCUCUAGACACGCACGACUGGUGUCCCGUUUCUCAGACCUGUACGCCACUGAGAGACUGGAGUCCCAGAGUCUCCUGCGCAGGUAUAUCGACGACCUGGAAACAGUCCAGAGGAUCCUUUUUAUCGGUGUUGUGGAAUCAUUUCAGGCUGCUAAAAUGGCCUAUCGUCAGUUUAAAGCACGCGUGAGGAAGACACUUUCCUCCACUCACAUUGGCCCUGAGAGUCUGGAGGAUGCAGUGGUGGAUUACAUUGUGAGAAACCUGGAUCUGUAUGAUGUGCAGACGAGCGUUAAUGAUGUGAUCAACGCGAUGAAUGUAAACCCACGCAUCUCUUUCCCUCCGGAGGUGGACUUUGUUCUGAUCAGUAGCUUCAUUAGGGAAGCAUGUCGAGUAGCUUUUGCUAUGCAGACUCUGGACCCAGCGCUGGACCUGGCCUUCAGCUCAGAUGGAGAACUCUACAGUGACGUUAAGUACAGGCGCAGCUUUGACUCGGAGUUCACCGCUCCGCUUGUGGCGUAUCACGUGUGGCCCGCUCUGUUGGAGGGAGACACCGUCAUACUGAAGGGAGAGGCGGUCACUAAGAGAGGAGCUCUGUGGAGAAGCACGAGUCGUAGCUCCAGUCCUGUCCGCUCUCGCUCAGGAAGCCCCAGCCGCACAUUUAUCGAAGUCGUAGUCGAAGCCCUUCUCCCGGACGGCUCUCAAGUAAUCGACUUUAAAGUUUGAUACCUGACCAUACUUCACGCUACAGAACCAAACAGAAGAAGAAGAAAAAAAAAAUCCAGUUUGAACAUAAUUUAUCUAUGUGUGGGAUGUAUUAGAAUCUAAAGUGGAAAGUAAUUACCUUCAUUACUGACUCGGUACUUAUGAAGAGUGGAGUCAUUUGUCAUUUUUAAACAGAAAGCACUAUUUACAAGCUCAAAACUAACAUUUUCUGAGUGGACUGCACUUGAUUUGAUUGACCAGUUAAACCUUAAUUAUAUUCCACCAGCACCGUGAAUAUGCAUUAUACUGAUCUGUGACUCAAAGUGAGGGAGUUUUACUCAGUGAGUCUAACAAAACCAUUGCACAUCACACCACUACUUUUUAAAUCCAAAUGUUAACUUUCGAAGGGUGGUGUAUGUACUUGUUAAGGUGCUCUGUUUGUCUGUGAUAACUGGACAAGUCAUUUAAGGUGCUAUUCUUUCUAUUUUUUUAGUAUGCAGUGUUUUCAUAUAUAUCUACGUGGUUUUUGUUUAUCUAUAAGAAAUAGAAAAUCUGUUGUCUUCUAAGUCACACCUGCACACCAGCACUUUUGUUGUUCAGAUUACCUGGAGAAUAUUAAUUGGCUCUUUUGUAAUGAGAUCUGUAUUUUUAUCAUCACAAGUGCUGUACGCAAAGUUUUUCUACUGAACUAUCAUUCAUUCGUUUCUUCUAUGUAUACAUCAUUUGUAGACACUACAAGAAUCUUGACAGAAUGCAUUGAAUGAUUUCCCCUUUAAAAGACACUUUUAAUGUAAAAUGUAUUUUUGUCCUAAUGUUGGUGCUAUUGUUUUAACUUUGGUAUAAAAGAAUCAGACUGCAGUGUUUUACAGUAUACAAUAUAAGUUUAAGGUGCUCGGUCUGUUCCCUAAUUUUGUCAUGUUUACUUAAAUCACUUAUUAAAUUUGUCCAAACAUAAAGAUAUGCGAAUGUGAAUCAUUAGUGACAGACCUAAAACUGGUUUGGUUUUAAACUGUUAAACAUAUCAUAGUCAUAAAAUAAUUGUUUAUCUGAGUGCACAUAAUA